GCUACUUUAUAUAAAAGGACAGCGGCACAGGGAGCGACUAUUGAGCGUCCGUCUGGCCCACACCAAUAUAACAAUGGGAAAGAUCAUAUUCUACGAGGAUCGAAAUUUCCAGGGUCGGCACCACGAGUGCAUCAGCGACUGUGCCGACCUGCACCCCUACUUCAACCGCUGCAACUCCAUCCGGGUGGAGAGCGGCUGCUUCAUGGUGUACGAGAGGCCUCACUACUUGGGCCACCAGUACUUCCUGCGCAGGGGCGAGUACUCCGACAACCAGCGCAUGAUCGGCAUCAACGACUGCAUCCGCUCCUGCCGCAUGAUCCCCAUGCACCGCGGUUCCUACAAAAUCCGGCUGUACGAGCGUCCAGACAUGAGCGGCCAAAUGCAGGAGGUGAGCGAUGAUUGCCCCAACGUCCAGGACCGCCUCCGCAUGUCCGACAUAAACUCCUGCAACGUGGUGGACGGCCACUGGCUGCUGUACGACCAGCCAAACUACAGGGGCAGAACCUACUACCUGAGGCCCGGCGAGUACCGCAGAUACAGCGACUGGGGUGGCGCCAGCCCACGGAUCGGCUCCCUCAGGCGAAUCACCGACUUCAACUGAAAAGUCUCCAGAACCGUGUUCCUCUGUCUGUUCUCAAUAAACUUGCUGGUCUAAAUCA